AUGCUGGCAACAGAGUCUGACAGAUACCAAGAGGUUCAGCAGCCUAGGGUAUCUGCUACAUCAGCUGCAUCUGGAGAUGUGUCUUGUCCUAAAACAGAAGAUCUCCACGCUAUUAAAGAGGAAUUCUUUCUAUCAAUUGUUAGAAAGUAUUUCAACGCUACAGAGCUACAGUCCAUUGAAGGGUUCGAAAAAUUUUUGGAAUAUGCGACAUUAAUGAGAUUUGCCAUUAUUGGUGUCUCUAGAGGAAGUUUGGUGAUUACGGUGAAGUGUGAAUCUCUAAUGGACUUGGAGAAGUUGCGGGCAGAUUAUUUAUCUGGUCAUCUGGGUGAAAUGGUUCAAAAUUGUUUUGUAACUGAACAGAUCUUGAAGGAACUGAACCUGGCUGAGCUGAGGCUGAAGACAACAAUGGACAUAGAAGAGUACAAUGCAUGCAAAAUGUUCUUUGAGAAAAAUGCAGUUAGAGGUUCAACCAGUGAAGGCCUGCAAAAAAAAGAGCAACUGGGAAAAUGUGAACAGAAGACAAAGAUUAUGGAGACAGCAAAAUCAGAAGAUACUACACCCCACACUGUAAUACCCACUACUGGUUAUGGAAGAGAACUAGAACAAUCAAGGGGAAGGACAGACACGGUUCCUCUCCUUGUACCUCCCACGUCUGAUCCUGAAGGAGAACUAGAACUAAAAGAGCUACGUAUGGAACUUCCAAGAAUGAAAGACAUUUCAGCUGAAGAGGAGAGUUGUAAAAGUGAUGAUCCUUCAGAAAAUAAACGUAGAAGGCUUGCAGGUAUUAUAAUUGUCAAAUGA